AUGAGGCCUGGUGCCUUGGCAUCGGGCACUUCGGGAGACACCUUGGCAGUGUUGAAAGGCUUGGCGAAGGCGCGACAAGGGCAGAAAGCCAGGCGCCUUUUGGAACAGCUUCAAGCAGAGAACUGCCAGCUGGGGGUUCAACAUCACAGCGCGGUGAUCAAAGCCUGCAGCGCCCGAGAGUGGCAUGAAGCCCUGGCCCUGCUGAGUUCGAUGACCGUGCUGGAGGUAUCUGCAGACACCAUUUGCUGCAACACGGUCAUUGGAGCAUGUCAGAGGGCCAGCAGGUGGCAAGCUGCAGUGGGGGUGCUGAAGCAGAUGUGCCAGGCGGAAGUGCGGCAGAACGUCAUUUCCUACACUUGGGCCACCAACGCCUGCCUCGAGGGCGCCGCCUUUGCUGCUGGGGUCUCCUUGGUGCACGACAUGCGGGCGGCUGCUGUGCUGCCGGAUGCCAUCUUCUGCAGCGCCGCCAUCCGCAACUGCGGACAGUGGACGGAAGCGUUGCAUUUCUGGCGCUUGAUGCCUGAGGUGAAUCUUGAGCCAAACCUCGUGGCAUGCAACAGAGCCUUGGACCACCAAGACCCAACGGAGCCCCUGGAUUUGGGAUUUGAGUUUCUGACAGCAGGUUUGCUGGACGUUUGCGGCUCGGGGCGAUGGGCGCUCUCCUUGGCGCUCUUUCAUGCGAUGCCGGAGAUGGCGUUGACACCAGAUGUCAUCAGCUACAGUUCGGCUAUGAAAGCUUGCGCUACGAUGGGCCUCUGGCAGCACUCCAUUGGGCUCUUGGCCGAGGCCCAGGCAGCGAAGGUCACCUUGGAUACGGCCUGCUUCAGUUGUGCCAUGACUGCCUGCAAGAGCCACUGGAUGAAAGUCUUGGAGCUCUUCCAGCGGAUGAAACACCUGAAGCUGACCCCAGACGUUUACAGCUUCAGCACAGCCCUGUCAGCCUUGGCUGUGGCAGGACAGUGGCAGCUGGCUGUGGGCCUGGUUGAGGGGAUGCCGCAGGCGGAGGUGCGACCCAACGCCGUGACCAGCGGCGCCGUACUCAGCGCCUUGGCCGCUGGUGCACAGUGGCAGCGGACGCUGCAGAUGCUGCAGACCAUGCCGGAGGCGGCCGUGAUGCCGGACACCAUUUGUAUCAGCUCAGCCGUGAAUGCCUGCGCCAACGCCUUGCAGUGGCAACAUGCCCUCAGGCUGCUGAAGAAGCCGCCAGAUUUCUACAGCUACAGCGCCAGCAUCAACGCCUGCGCGCGCUGUCAGCGUUGGUCCCACGCCCUGGCUCUGGCGAGUUUCCUUUCCGAGCAGCGGCAACCGCCCAACGGCAUCAUGUGGGGUGCCAUCGUGGGCGUCAUGCCGCGGGGCCAGGCCGAGCUCACUACUCACCUGCGUCGGUCCUGGGUGCCGCAACCGCCUCCGGCGGUGCCACUGGAGGAUUUGCAAGGCCUCCACUGUUUGACCUCCGCCAGUGGCAUCCUGGCUGUGGAGAAAGCGGCGGGAAAGACCAGUGAGGCGCUGCUGGCGCAGGUGGCAAGGAAGCUUCAAGAGAGGGGCUAUGAUGGGUCCAUCAGGCGGCUGUCCAGAUUGGAUGCCCAAACUUCCGGUGUUCUGCCGAUCGCCAUGGCGCCCGAGGGCUCAGGAGUCACCAGCUGGUUGCAGUUGCAAUACGCAGCGCGGCGGGUCACGAAGCGCUACUGGGCCUUGGUUGCUGCUGGUGCUGAGGUGCUGGGUGUCGGUGCUGAAGGGUUGAUUGCAGCACCGUUGACAAGCAUGCCCACGGGCAACGGUGCAUCUUCAGUCAUGCACACGCAAUGGUCGCGCAACGGGAAGGAGGCCAGCACCGAGUACCGCGUUUUGGACAGCUGGAGCACCAGCGGCACCAGCGGCUCAGCCAUGCUGCUGGACUGUGCCCCACGGACCGGGCGCACGCAUCAGAUUCGCGCACACCUGGCGGGCAUCGGGUGGCCCAUUGUGGGAGAUUGCAUCUAUGGAGGUUGGAAGGUGUCCUGGUGCCCUCGUCUCUUCCUCCACUGCCAUCGCUCCUCGCUGCUGGACGCCUCCGGCCGCCGCUUCGAGGCCCGAGCGCCGAUGCCGCCAGAGCUGCAGCAGGUGCUGCAGCGCUUGAGGAGAUCGGAGCCGAGGUGA